AAACCAGCAAAAACAUGGACACAAACUUCUCUAAACAUAACAAUAACGGCACUGACAGUUGCAGUAGUUGCAGUAUUAAUAGAUAUUGCAGGAACAACAGGAGUAGUUAACACAGUUGCAGGAGCAGCAGCAGGAGCCGCAGCAGGAGGGGGUAUAUACAUUUUAAGAUCAUUACGGGAACCAGAAGUGAGGCGAGAAGCAGAAAUGGUGGGAGCAGCAAGUUCAGCCAUAGCAGGAGGUAUAGCAGGAACAGCUGCAGCAACCCUGCUAUCAUUAAUAGGAUGGUCACAGAGAGGAUCAUCAGUAGUUGGAGCAAUAGCAGGAGCAGCAAUAGUGGCAGUUACAAGAACAUAUUUACAGCAUGCUACGAGCACAAUACUACAGGCUAUAUACAAAGUGAUGAAUGUGGUAGCUCUAUUGAAACAAGUAAUAUCAGUAAAAAACGAAGUAUUAAUUCCAGCAACAAUAGCCAAAGCAGGAGUUGCAGCAUUAGGCAGUUUUAAAGCAACAGCAGGAACAGCUGCAACAAGUGUAUUAGCAAGAGGAUUUAGAUUUGCAACAGGAAGAACAGGAGGAGGAGGAGCAGAAGAAGCAGGCUUGGGAGCAAGAGGACUGGAACAAGAGCAGGUGGAACAGGAGCAGGAGCAACAGGAGCACGAGCAACAGGAGCAAGAGCAAAAGGAGGAGCAGCAGCAGCAACAUGAGCAGGAGAAACAGGAGCAGGAGGAGCAGGAGCAACAGGAGCAGGAGCAGCAGGAGACACAGGAACAGGAGAGGGAGAAGCAGGAGGAACAGGAGCCACAUGUGGAGCAGGAGGAACCGGAGCAGAAGGAGCUGGGGGAACAGGAGCAAGAGGAACAGGAGCAGGAGAAAAAUGAGCAGGAGCAGGAGGAACAGGAGCAGGAGAAACAGGAGCAACAAGUGCAAACAGAACAGGAGCAACUUGAGCAGGAGGAAAAAGGGCAGGAGGAGCAGGAGCAACAGGAGCAGGAGGAACAUGAGCAACAGGAGCAGAAGAAACAGGAGCAAGAGAAGCAGGAGCAACAGGAGCAGGAACAGGAGGAACAGGAGCAACAGGAGCAGAAGGAACAGGAGCGAAAGGAGCAGGAACAACAGAAGCAGGAGGAGCAGGAACAGGAGGACCAGGAUCAGGAGCAGGAGGAACAGGAGCAGAAGGAGCAGGAACAGGAGAAACAGGAGCAGGAGGAACAUGAGCAACAGGAGCAAAAGGAACAGGAGCAGGAGCAACAAGACCAGGAAGAAACGGAACAGGAGGAGCAGGAGCAACAAGUGCAAACAGAACAGGAGCAACUUGAGCACGAGGAACAGGAGCAGGAGGAGGAGCAAGAGGAGCAGGAGCAUCAGGAGCAAAAGGAACAGGAGCAGGAGCAACAAGACCAGGAGGAAACGGAACAGGAGGAGCAGGAGCAACAAGUGCAAACAGAACAGGAGCAACCUGAGCAGGAGGAACAGGAGCAGGAGGAGCAGGAGGAACAGGAGCAGGUGGAGGAGCAGGAACAGGGGGAACAGGAGCAGGAGGAGCAGGAGGAACGGGAGGAGGAGCAGGAACAUGAGCAGGAGGAGCAGGAGGAACAGGAGCAGGUGGAGGAGCAGGAACAGGAGCAGGAGGAACAGGAGGAGAAGCAGGAGGAGCAGGAACAGGAGGAGCAGGAGGAACAUGAGCAGGAGGAGCAGGAGAAACAGGAGCAGGUGGAGGAGCAGGAGGAGCAGGAGCAGGAGGAACAGGAGCAGGAGGAACAUGAGCAGGAGGAGCAGGAGGAACAGGAGGAACAGGAGCAGGAGGAGCAGGAACAGGAGGAACAUGAGCAAGAGGAGCAGGAGGAACAGGAGGAGGAGCAGGAACAGGAGGAGCAGGAGGAACAUGAGCAGGAGGAGCAGGAGGAACAGGAGCAGGUGGAGGAGCAGGAGGAACAGGAGCAGGAGGAGGAGCAGGAACAGGAGGAGCAGGAGGAACAUGAGCAGGAGGAACAGGAGCAGGAGGAGCAGGAACAGGAGGAACAAGACCAGGAGGAAAUGGAACAGGAGGAGCAGGAGCAACAGGAGCAAGAGGAACUGGAGCAACAGGAGAAGGAACAGGAACAGGAGGAUCAAGAGGAGGAUCACAGAAGGAUCAAGAGCAACAGGAUCAAAAGGAACAGAAGCAGGAGCAACAAGAGAAAGAGGAACAGGAGCAACAGGAGUAGGAGGAACUGGUCUGUCUAUAAGCUGACAUACGAGUGAUCUGCUGAUGAAUCGACUGAUCUUCACGGCUUUAAAAUGCUCCAGUGUCCCUGUAUGUGUUUGACCUACGAUGAAGAGCUCAUUGCUCAAUUCACCUGUGAUUCUCUAAUUUGAUCCACACUGGCCAUAAUACUCCAAGGGUCAACAAAAGUAUCCUCAAAAUUUACAAUUUAAUUAAAAAUAAAUCAAAUAUAAAAUUUCAUUUGUCAAGUAUAAUUCUAUUACGCCAAUUGCAGAAUAAAAACAACGAUAAGCCUGUUCAGAGAUGAUUCAUAUACAAUAUCAAUUGCUCAAAGAUAAAUAAAGAGUUAGAGAUGCAUACUAUGAGCGAAC